AUGUCCCACCACACGUCAUACGGUCAAACCGAACAGCCAUACCAGUACCACCCCACCACCGGCACCGCUGCAGGAGGCACAGCUCAGACCGGUCCCAAUCUUCAACUUUCACGUCCAGGAACCCAAUGGGCCGAAAUGGGCAGUGAUUAUCACCCAUCGUUAGCUAGUGGCACCUUGGCCAAUCCCCAUCAGCCCCCAGUUCCCAAUAUCCGAGACAUUGAUCCGCAUGGUCCCGCUCAAGUCGGAGGAGACUCAGGUCAACCACGACUGCACAAUCAAUUACCUUUGCAAGCUGGACCCAUCAGGGGGCAGCCUCAACAACAUUUAUCAAUAUCUCCCUUAGUUCAUCGCUCUGCCAGUUGCACCUCCCCAGCUCAAUCUGACCUGGAGGCCUCUGAUGCAACUGACCGAUCAGAUUCCCUCUCGGUCAGUGCAUCAACUGGUGAAUUCCCAAGAUCUUUGACUUCAGUUCGAUCGAUCAAUCCUCAAGCUCUUCAGUCUGUUCAAGCUUGCCUGCGAUCAAUGGGUAAUCAAUUCCGACUCAGCGAACAAGUUGAGCAAUGGGCACAAAACCUUAUGGAUAUGCCUCAGGAGGAGCUAUGGCUCAUGUCUAUCCUCAUCAACCUCAACAGUCAAAUCCCCCCUGCCCCAUCGAGCACCUCCACUCCCACUGUCGAACAAACAUCAGUAACCACACCCCCCGAGCCUGGAUACGAGUUCCACCCAAACUUCCGACUCUUCUGUCGCAGCCAGAUCCGCGAGGUCUUACUCAGGCCCAAUAUCGCUGCUUAUACUCGUAAAAUGGCUGAGCACAACCAGAUAGACAUGUGGCCACUUACCAUAGUCAAGGGAAUCAUUUACGAGCAAAGUGAUACUUUCAAGCAAAAGUAUUUGCCUGCUGAUUAUCACCGGAAUGCAGUAUUCAAAAAGGAACUCAACACCCUUCUUGCAAAUAUUCUGAAGGCAGAGAAGAGCAACUUCGCGACCUACCUUUGA